CGUAUGACCACGCCCCUACGCAGUGUCUUUUCACCGGCUGUAGCCUGUUCGCACUCUCACCUGGCCGAAACACACCUGAAAUGACCGACCAAGGGCUGACCAACGAAGCAGCUGCCGCUGCGUGUAAAGAGGGAGACCCCAUCACUAAAGACUUCAUGAUGCAGCAGACAAUGUUGCGGGUGAAGGAUCCCGUGAAAUCACUGGACUUUUAUACACGCAUCCUGGGAAUGACGCUGUUGCAGAAGUUUGAUUUUCCCUCCAUGCGAUUCUCCCUGUACUUCCUGGGUUAUGAGGAUAAGAAAGAGAUCCCGGCAGAUGUGAAAGAGAGGACUGCCUGGACGUUCUCCCGUCGAGCCACUAUAGAGCUCACCCAUAACUGGGGCUCAGAGGCGGACGAUAGCCAAUACCACAAUGGCAACUCGGACCCACGAGGCUUUGGCCAUAUUGGAAUUGCUGUGCCAGAUGUCUACGCUGCCUGCAAGAUAUUUGAAGAGCAAGGAGUGACCUUUGUAAAGAAACCUGAUGAUGGUAAAAUGAAAGGCCUAGCCUUUAUUCAGGAUCCGGAUGGUUAUUGGAUUGAGAUCCUCAGCCCCAACAACAUGGUGCCCAUCACUUCUUAAAGACUUCUUUAAUGCUGUGACCUGAACAGAAGAAGUUAGAUAUGAAAACCAAGGACU